GAAGUGGAGAAAUAGAGAACCAGCGUGACCUACCAGAAGUCGAGGAAGAGAACUUCUCAGUUCUGUUAGCUCUUUCUUGGGUCAUUAAGUCCUUGCUUCCAUUUCGCCAAGUACCAAAUACCCCUUUAAUCUAAACUGCAAGUGCUAGAUUGUCUUAGCAGUUAAAGUAUUUCUCUUCAUCCACUGGUCCCGAGUGUAGCUUUAAAAUGACUGCUUCAUCAUAACAUUCCAUCCCCACCAGCAGCGACGCUGAUUAACGGCAGUAAUAGUGGCGGGUUCAUGCCGAUGCGUCGCCACAGGAUGAUGAUGCAUAUGUCAUUCUUCUGGAGCCACAGCGCGGAGGUUCUCUUCACGGGUUGGCCAGGACCCGACCGCCCGGCCAUAUACGCCAUUUCAUUGGUGUUUGUCUUCCUUCUGGGCGUGCUGGUCGAGUGGCUCUCUCACAGCCGGCUAAUCAAGACCGGAACUAAUAUAGUCACGGCGGGGCUUCUGCGGACGUGUCUUUACACGGUGCGUUCAGGGGUGUCGUAUCUGGGGAUGCUCGCCGUCAUGUCGUUCAAUGGGGGCGUUUUUCUUGCCACGGUUGGCGGGCACGCGGUUGGGUUCUUGGUGUUUGGGAGUGGGGUUUGGAAGAAGUCGGGCGGUUCGGGUACUGAGAGACCGUCAGAUCUUCCUCCCAUGAGGUGCGGAUAAUGGAUUGUGGGGUGGGUUUUACAUUUAAGAAAUUUUAUUUGAACUCAUGUAAUCUCUUUUUACACUCAACUUAAAUUUAAAUUGUUAAUUGUCUUUA